UCCGCUUAUUGUAACAUGAGCUUUGUUAAACACUUAUAGAUAAAAUCAAAAUUUUUUGUUUAGUCUUACAACUUGUUGCAAAAAAAAGAAAAGGUUGCAAACAUUAUUAUUCGACGUCGUUAAGACAUGAAUUUAUCUGAGAAAAGAACCAUUCUUGAUCGUCUUAAUGCUGGAGAAGUUAUCAUCUGCGAUGGAGGGUACACACAUGUGUUGGAACGAAGAGGAUAUGUCACUGCUGGUCCUUACACACCGGAAGUAGUUCUUGAAUAUCCUACUGCAGUAAGAGAAAUUCAUCGGGAGUUUGCACUUUGUGGGGCAGAUAUACUGGAAGCAUUUUCAUUCAACGGAACAGAUGACAAUCUGAACAAAGCAAGAAUGGCUGACAACAAGCUUUGCGCAAAAGAGAUUUGUGAGGAUGGGUGUAAAAUUGUUCAAGAAGUUGCUAAGGAACAAGGAUGUCUAGCAGCUGGACCAGUAAGCAGUACCGAUUCUUAUCGAAAAAAAUUAGGAAAGGAAAAAGUCCAAGAAGAAUUCCGAACACAAAUUGCUGUUUACCAAUCGUUUCGAAUGGAUCUGUUGAUAGCAGAAUUUUUCAUGAAUGUUGAGGAAGCAGAAUGGGCAGUGGAAGUUAUGCAAGAGACAGGUUUGCCUGUUGCUAUAUCUAUGUGCAUCGGUCCACUUGGUGAUCACAACAAUAUUUCUAUUGAAGAAUGCGGAAUUAGGUUGGCUAAAUCAGGUGCAGAUAUAAUUGGUCUCAACUGCCGAUUUGAACCCGAUAUCUGUUUAAAUACGUUAAAAAGAAUGAAGGCAGCCGUUGAAAAAGAAGGAAUUAAAGUUCACUGGAUGUGUCAACCAGCUGGGUAUCGCACGGCUGAUGGUGGACGAGAUGGGUUUGCAAGUAUACCUGAAACUGCACUUGCACUAGAAUCCCGAUUAAUUUCACGUUGGGAUGCUCAUAAAUUUGCAAGAAGAGCAUAUGAAGAAGGCGUGCGCUUUAUCGGCGGUUGUUGUGGGUUUGAACCAUACCAUAUCAGAGCACUGGCGGAAGAGUUACAUGAAGAAAGAGGUCGAUUACCGAAGAACAGUCGUGGUCUUUAUGCAAGCUCGUUGAAGUACCAUCACAACCCAAUAGUGCAAGCCAGAGCGAACAAGGAAUAUUGGUACAAUCUGAUACCAACAGAUGGAAGAAAAGCAACCUAAUGUGCUAAAGAAUGUAAUUUGUAAACAGUAAAUGGAAGUCAAAUUUUGCAUAUAUCUUUAUUUUAAUAUUAACCGUAUGGUCCUUCAUACUGAGUGAUGUUGUGUCAAAAAAGCGCGAAAUAGGAAUCCUAUGACGUGCGAAAAUCUAACGACCGUUGGACCCGUGGAUUCUUGCACUGGCUAACUGUAAUUCUCGCCAAUUUAUCUGCAAGUUGUGUCGUGGCUAGCUAUUUU